GCUUGGGGUGUUUCUUCGCUCAUCUCCAGAGUUAGAAAGCCCUUUCCUUCCAUGAUAAUCUCUCUUUUAUCCUCGCUUUUCUCGUUAUUCCAGUUAUACAAUUCUGGGUAUGAUAGCCGUUGCUUACCGGCAACCUGAGAGCCGUUGCUCUCCGCUAGCUCUCGGCUUCCCUCGCCUCCGUUUCUUCCGUUACAGGCGAUUGAGGUGAUCGGCAAACGGUGACUGCUCCGGUUCAAACAGAAACUUAAUUUCCGUUUUUGUCCUUGAAUAUAUAUCAUAUUGACCAAAAUGCCGAGUCCGAAGAGUCAGCGAAGGAUGCAAGAGGAGCACAAGAACCGGAGGGGCAGAUUACUCUCGGAGAGAUCCUCGUCGUUUCACGGCCAGAUGUUGGCCGCGACGUCGACGGCAACACCGCAGCUCCGGCGGCCGAAGACGGUCCCGGACAUGGUCCUGUACAGAAACGCUGUCGGAGUCACGACACCGCCGACUGCGUCGCCGGAGGUGCGGCCUAAGCUGACGAAGCUGCUGCUGAACGUGACGAUACAAGGGAGCGUCGGUGCCGUACAGGUGGUUAUGUCGCCGGAAUCGACUGUCGGAGAUCUUGUGUCGGCGGCCGUACGGCAGUACGAGAAAGAAGGUCGCCGGCCGAUCUUCCCCUCCGUCGAGCCCUCACGCUUCGACCUCCAUUAUUCGCAGUUCAGCUUAGAAAGUUUGGAUAGGGAGGAGAAGCUGAUGGAGUUGGGGUCGCGCAACUUUUUCCUGUGCCCUAAGAAGUCGGCCGCGGACGGUGGGAGUAGCGGUGGCGGAAUAACGACGUCGUCUGGUUCAUGUUCGAAACAGGUGGAGAAAGCUUCCAAAACUGGGUUUUCUUGGCUCAAGUUUAUGGAUUCCCUGCUGUAAUCGGCAGAACCUAGUUCGUUGUUUGUUCUCUGCUCAAAGUGAGGGAGUGCCUGUGUACAUGAUUUAGGUAUGGGAUAGUGUUCUUGUUUAGGAGCAGAGCAAUUCACUUCGGGUUGUUAUUAGUUAUUACCCAGAAAAAAAGGAAAAUGAAAAGAAUAAGAUGGAUAGUUUUGGAGAGGGCUGUUCUCAACAUGUAAUUUUUAUUUUUGAAUAUUUCGAUUUGAAUUGGAAUCUGUACAGAUUAUGUUUUGGUUC